AGAGAAAAACCUCAUCUCUCAAUCUCAACACUAUUUGCCCACUCACUUCUUCCAAACGUCAAAACCAAAAAAAGAAAAACACAGCAGCCAGAGAGCCAAAAGCCAUGGCUGCCAACACCAUCCUCGCAUUCUCAUCUCCUUCUCGUCUUCUCAUUCCUCACUCAUCCAACUCUUCUUCAAGUCUUCUUCGUUCCUCUUUCCGCGGUGCCUCUCUUAACAACAACCUUCACCGUCGUCCCCAAUCCGUUUCCUUCUCCUCCAGAGCUCCUUCGAAAGCGUUGACAGUUGUUUCCGCCGCGAAGAAGGCUGUUGCAGUGCUUAAGGGUAACUCCGAUGUCGAAGGAGUUGUUACUCUUACCCAAGAUGACUCAGGUCCUACAACUGUGAAUGUCCGUAUCACUGGGCUCACUCCAGGGCCUCAUGGAUUUCACCUCCAUGAGUUUGGUGAUACAACAAAUGGUUGCAUCUCAACAGGACCACAUUUCAACCCUAAUAAGAUGACACACGGAGCUCCUGAAGACGAGUGCCGUCAUGCGGGUGACCUGGGAAACAUAAUUGCCAAUGCCGAUGGCGUGGCAGAAACAACAAUCGUGGACAAUCAGAUUCCUCUGACUGGUCCUAAUUGUGUUGUUGGAAGAGCCUUUGUGGUUCACGAGCUUAAGGAUGACCUUGGAAAGGGUGGACAUGAGCUUAGUCUGACCACAGGAAACGCAGGCGGUAGAUUGGCAUGCGGUGUGAUUGGCUUGACGCCGCUCUAAGUGUGAGCUAAGUAAGUACUCUUAUGUCUACUGUUCUAUAAGAUGUCAGAAUCUUAGCAAAUAAUGUUUGGCUGAAUAAAAACUUUUGUUGUUUAUGUUCACUGCAUCAGUUUCUCUUUUCGGAUUUGUGAUAGUGAUGUGUUACUUUUGAAUCUGCGUUUGAUCGGUUUUAGUAUAUUGUUUUGGUGGUUUGAUUUAGAAUCCUUUUUUAUUCA